CGCCCCCCGGCUCGCCCCCCGCCCCCCGGCUCGCUCGCCGGCCCCCGCGUCUCCGCCCUGCGUCCGCCGCGCGGCGGUGGAGGCGCGCGAGGGGGACGCGGCCGGGGAUGAGCGGCUUGCGGGUCAACACGCCGCCCGGGGACCCCAAGAGGCCGUGAGCAGCUGCUUUUUUCUCCGUCGCCGCCCUGCCCUUCGAUUUGAGAUCAUGUCCAUCCACAUCGUGGCGCUGGGGAACGAGGGGGACGCGUUCCACCAGGACAAUCGGCCGUCGGGGCUCAUCCGCACGUACCUGGGGAGGAGCCCUCUGGUCUCGGGGGACGAGAGCAGCUUGUUGCUGAACGCCACCAGCGCGGUCGCGCGCCCCGUGUUCACCGAGUACCAGGCCAGCGCGUUUGGGAACGUCAAGCUGGUGGUCCACGACUGUCCCGUCUGGGACAUUUUUGACAGUGAUUGGUACACCUCUCGGAACCUAAUUGGGAGCGCCGACAUCAUUGUGAUCAAAUACAAUGUAAAUGACAAGUUUUCAUUCCAUGAAGUAAAGGACAAUUAUAUUCCAGUGAUAAAAAGAGCAUUAAAUUCAGUUCCAGUAAUAAUAGCUGCUGUUGGUACUAGACAAAAUGAAGAAUUACCUUGUACGUGCCCACUAUGUACCUCAGACAGAGGGAGCUGUGUUAGCACAACAGAAGGGAUCCAACUCGCUAAAGAACUAGGAGCGACCUAUCUAGAACUCCACAGUCUUGAUGACUUCUACAUAGGAAAAUAUUUUGGAGGAGUGUUGGAGUAUUUUAUGAUUCAAGCCUUAAAUCAGAAAACAAGUGAAAAAAUGAAGAAAAGAAAAAUGAGCAGCUCGUUUCAUGGACUUAGACCACCUCAACUUGAGCAACCAGAAAAAAUGCCUGUCUUAAAGGCUGAAGCGUCACAUUAUAACUCUGACUUAAAUAACUUGCUGUUCUGCUGCCAGUGUGUGGACGUGGUGUUUUACAAUCCGGAUUUAAAGGAGGUGAUAGAGGCCCACAAGAUCGUUCUCUGUGCUGUAAGCCAUGUUUUCAUGCUGCUUUUCAAUGUGAAGAGUCCUACCGACAUCCAGGAUUCCAGUAUCGUCCGAACUACCCAGGAUCUCUUUGCCAUAAACAGAGAUCCCAUGUUUCCAGGUGCUGGCCAGGAGUCUCCAGGCAACCCACCGUUGCGAGUCAUUGUCAAAGAUGCCCUCUUCUGUUCUUGUUUAUCAGACAUCCUCCGCUUCAUUUACUCAGGUGCUUUUCAGUGGGAAGAAUUGGAAGAAGAUAUCAGGAAGAAGUUGAAAGAUUCUGGGGAUGUUUCAAAUGUAAUAGAGAAGGUUAAAUGCAUUUUAAAAACACCAGGAAAGAUUAAUUGCCUAAGGAAUUGCAAAACCUAUCAAGCCAGAAAACCUUUGUGGUUUUACAACACUUCCCUCAAGUUCUUCCUUAAUAAACCAAUGCUUGCGGAUGUUGUCUUUGAAAUACAAGGUACGACGGUGCCAGCUCACAGAGCCAUCCUAGUGGCCCGUUGUGAAGUGAUGGCAGCCAUGUUUAAUGGUAACUACAUGGAAGCCAAGAGUGUCCUGAUUCCAGUGUACGGAGUUUCCAAAGAGACUUUCUUGUCAUUUCUGGAAUACCUCUACACAGACUCCUGUUGCCCAGCUGGCAUUUUCCAGGCCAUGUGUCUCCUGAUCUGUGCUGAGAUGUACCAAGUUUCCAGAUUGCAGCACAUCUGCGAGCUGUUCAUCAUCACCCAGCUACAGAGCAUGCCGAGCCGGGAGCUGGCAUCCAUGAACCUCGACAUCGUUGACCUGCUCAAGAAGGCCAAGUUUCACCACUCCGAUUGCCUUUCAACCUGGCUCCUUCAUUUCAUUGCCACUAACUACCUCAUCUUCAGUCAAAAGCCUGAAUUUCAGGAUCUUUCAGUGGAAGAACGCAGCUUUGUUGAAAAGCACAGAUGGCCUUCGAAUAUGUACUUGAAGCAACUUGCGGAAUACAGGAAGUAUAUUCACUCCCGGAAGUGUCGUUGCUUAAUAAUGUAACUUGGAGCUUUUAUAUACAUGUUUUUUAUUAUGAAAAAUGGGAUACCUCUGGGUUCCAGUAAAAUUCUUAUGACCUAAACCAAUAUGGGCGUUAAAAAAAUUGCCAUACAGCUUAAUAUGUUUAUUAGUUCCCUUUGAAAAAGCUACUAUUGUGGUCUUGAAAGGGAAUAAGACAUACCAUAGACUAAAACUAAGGCUUCACCCUAGAAUCUAAAGCUGUCGUACAGCUGUGUGUUCCUUGUAAGAUGUCCUGUUGCUUUAGUGAUAUUAAGACCCCCUCCCAAUUAGAUGCUUAAAUU